UGUAACUCUCCUAUUGGUCGGAAACUGCUCCACCAUAAGAGCGAGUCUACUAUUGGUCAGUUUGGAUCGGGAUUUACCUGAGAAACAAAAUCCGACUCACUCUAUAUACAGAACUCGAGCCGUCAACAAUAGUAUACUCAGUUCUAAAAUCGAGUCAUUUCUCAGGUUUAUCUUUUCAGACUCUUGUAAUGGCUUGGUUCAGGUUGGACUAGAUUCCUUUUAUACAUUUCAUCUAUCAGGAUGCCAGCAUAUAUUUGAUCCACUGAAACAUGUUUCCAGAAGAGUAAGAAUGGUUUAAACUUUACAGUUACAUGCUUCAAGAUUCUGGACGCGGGAUACCAAGAACGGUUACAAAAGAUGGAAUCUAGAUUGAAGAACCGAAAUCUAGUGGAUAAUGGACUAUCAUUAAACUCUACAACUGUCCGAGAGAUUAAGUUUAUGAAGGGUGGAAGUGAUGUGCGGUGUAUUUUGAGCCUCGAGAACUGGUCAAUGUAUACACUACUAGAUGUAGAAGUAAAUACUGAAUGUGGGGCCCUAAACCCCGCCUGGGGGGCCAGGAAUGUUUUCCCUGGGUAUCGGGAGGUCCUGGUUGCGCAGCAAAGUAAUCCUUUAAUUGGUACAUGUGGAACCAUCUCGUGGCAAGUUGUGGAAAUUGAUAUUAGAUUAAUUGUUAUGUGGAGUGUACCUUUCAACUUUAAUCUCAGGGAUUCAUAUUAUGCUAUAGGGAUGGUUUAUCAAAAGGGUAAGUUCUCCACCUCUGCCUAUUGGUUUAACCAGAUGUAUUAUGGGAAUAAUUCAGCCUAUACACGUAGCAAGGCGGGUCAACCUGUAACCUUUUCCAACUCGAGAUUAGUUGUUCAUGGAUUUAUGGAGGCGUUCACAUACCAUUCUAUUCUCAACAUAUCAGUUCUACCACAGAGAAGCUAUAACCUGGCUGAAUCUGUUCAGAGGAAACUAAAUACCAAACAUCAAGCAGAUUAUGUUGUCAGUAACUCAGCUGUCAUAACAUCUAGUUCAGCUGUCAAAUCUUUAACUCAGCUGUUCAUAGCUGUCAGUCUCAACCUGGCGUUCAGCUCAUAAUCUUGGAAUAAAUGUUUUUUCAAAAACUUAAUUUUAUUCAAUACUAAGAUUAACUUUUCCAUAAUUAAAACAUUUUAAAACACAUCGUGAAAUUUUGGAGUUGGGGGUUCUUAAAAUAAAAAGACAGUUUUAUAAUCAACGAGAAAGAGGAAACGAAAUUUGAAAAAUGUUAAAGAUAAAUUCUACGUUAAUAAUCAGAUGAAAAUUAAAGUGAUACCCUUGUAGGUCGGAAUUGUCCCAAUCUAAAUAAAAAGUUCUUUGAACUUACAGAAGCAAUCCCUUCAGAUAUUAUCCUUCAUUGUACAAUAAAACUGUACACUCUGUACAGUGUUUAACAUAGCAGUACAAUUUGUAAUUGACGCAAUAUUGUACAAUAUGUACAGCUUCAUGAAAUUCUCCCCAACACAAAAUCUUCCUAUUUUAUCAUACAGAGAGAGUCCCGUAUCAUAUUGGAUUAUCUCAAGCUUAUAACGCAAAAUCUUCCUAUUUUAUCAUACAGAGAGAGUCCCGUAUCAUAUUGGAUUAUCUCAAGCUUAUAACGCAAAA